AAUGAUUGACCAAUUUCAAUCGAUACAAUUUAAAUGCAAUUGAAAUUAAUUCGCGGUUCAGUCAAAAUAGUCAAUAAAUAAACCGUAUUUUCCCUCAAUUGAGAUCAUUCUUUCCUCUCUCGCUUAGUCUUAACUAGUACUUUCUUUCAACUUGUGAAGAAACAGGAGUAGCACCGUCCCCUGUAGGGACAGCCCAGAGGGCAUUAUUACGAGUAUUUCAUUAACACUUAUCCCUUGACAUAUCCAUGUUUCUUUGAUCACCCCCUGUUGGUGGGUAUAUAUAUUCGCAUUUAGGCUACGAAAAUAGACUAAGCAGACUAAAACGGUGAGAUUUUAUUUAAUUAGCCAGAUUGUAAAAUGAACCAAAACCGGAAUCAGCUCCAGAGAAUCGCCAAGAGCAUCACCAGCAAUGGGCCUACCUCAACAUGACACUGCGGCAGCACAAAGUCACCUCAAACAGGGGAAAUCACGCUACGUUACGCCACACAGAGUGGGGAAAUAACGAAACGACAAUACCACGAAAGCUCGACGAUCGCUCUCACGCCCACGUCAUACCGCCAGAGCAGCCGGUGCCAAGAGAGCCGGGCGACUAUAUUAAAAGAGCCAGCAUGGAUAGAGGGAGAAGGGAAUACCGACCCUCUCACACCCGCAAGCAGAGGCCAGCAGCAGAAAGCUACAAAAUAGCAGAGCGGCAUAAAGGCUGCAAAAAAGGGAAAAGCGUGCCCUGGCACGUACUAUCCCGGGCCAGGCUCAGGAGCGAUUUUCGAACUCGCAAGUGGGACGGUUGGACCAACCAGGACUUCAAGCGGCGGACGAAGCGACCCGUUCAGCACACACGUCGCCGUAGCGCCGGCUACUGCGUAGCUCUGGUCGACAGCUCUGGCAUAUAGGCAGAAGUGAAGCUGUUUUCUGAUGCCUACACGAAGUACAUAGGAUUCGUCUUCAUGAAGUCUGGAACAAUCAAACGCUUUGCGUACUCCUCCUGUGGAGAACGGAACAUGGUGGAGCUGGAAGAAAAGCGGUCAAGAUAUUAGUCAAGACGUUAUCAGAACGAAUAUAUGAAACAAUAAUAAUAAUAGUAUUAAUAUCGCACCCAGUGAGGUAGACACGUCCACGUGCCGCAGCCAAAUGUGCCAAAUAUGCCGGAGCCGGAUAAGACACUGCGCGGUUGCAACGAG